AAUUCUGAUCUUUGAUUAUUUCUUAAAUUCAUAAAAUCAAGUGAUGAUUGGUCACAGCUCUCAUAAGUCGAUUUUAACAGGAAUAUAGUCAGUAAUCAACACUAAGCUGAUUUCUUACUUAAGUGAUUUGUAACCCCGAUUUUGCUGUGUCAGCGAUUUCACUGAACUCCGCGAUGUAUUGUAACACUGUACUCCAGGAACACUCCAUCGUACAUAUCAAGGUGGAGUGUUUGGACCCAGAAUCAGAUACUGUAUCUCACAAUACACAAGAUCAUUUACAUGUUGGUACUGAGAUUAAACAAGAGAAGGUUCCGCCUGACGAGACUCCAGAGUACGCGGCAAGCAACAUACCGGACCAGUCCACAGAAGCUGACAAUCACUACAGAUCUGUGAAGACGGAGUGUAUUUAUCUGACUGAGGUAUCUUCAGAAGCAUAUCCAGGUAAUUCUGGUAAUAUUAAUGAUAAUUUAAAGUCAGACCUAUAUGAGGACCAUAAGGUGAAGAGUGAGUUGAAUAUAGGACCUACUGCUGUAAAAACAGAGACUGUAUCGGGUGAAUCUUCACAGUCAACAGAUUCUAAAGUAAAGUCUGAUAAUGGUAAAACAAAAUCAGUGUUGGAUAAAGUUUACGGAUGUGAUGUGUGUGGAGAAACAUUCAGCAAUUAUAUUACUUUACAAGAGCAUGUGGCAGCUCAUAAUCAGGAAACUAGCUCUGAAGAUUGUAACAAGAACUCUCCUGAAUCCCAAACGAAGGAUUUAAAAGCUUCAACUGGUGAAAAGUCACAUAGCUGUGAUGUGUGUAUGAAAUAUUAUGCAACAGCUGGGGGACUAAAAUUACACUUACUUACACAUAUGGAAGAAAAGCCAUAUAGCUGUGACAUGUGCAAAAAAAGUUUUAGUACAAAGUAUAGAUUGAAAGAGCACAUGCGUAUAUAUAUUAAUGAAAAGCCGUUUGUGUGUAAUGUGUGCAAAAGAGGUUUUAGUAGAAGCCAGCAGUUGAAACGGCACUUCCUUACACACACUGGGGAAAAGCCGUACACUUGUGAUUCAUGUGCAAAAUGUUUUAGAACAGCCUGGCAACUAAAAUUACACUCUCUUACACAUAGUAAUGAAAAGGCGUACAAUUGUGACACAUGUACAAAAUCUUUUAGAACAGCCGGUCAACUGAAAAUGCACUUCCUUACACACACCGGUGAAAAGUCAUACACAUGUGACUUGUGUAAAAAAGGCUUUAAAAGAAGCGACCAAUUAAAACAGCAUUACCUUACACAUUCCGAUGAAAGGCCGUAUAGCUGUAAAGUAUGUGCAAAGGGCUUUAAAUCAAGUGCAUCAGUAAAAUUACACAUGCUUACGCAUACUGGUGAAAAGCCGCAUAGCUGUAAUUUGUGUAAAAAAAGUUUCACAACAAAACAGACUUUGAAACAUCACUUGCUUUUACACACUGGUGAAAAUGCAAACCAGUGUGAUGUGUGUAAAAAAUCUUUUACAAAAAGAUUUGGUUUGACUCGCCAUUUGCUUACACACACUGAUGAGAAACCACAGUCGUAG